UUUUAAAGUGGGCAAACCGCGCAAAGAAGAGAAAACGUCCUCGGGGCAAUGACAGGAUGCCUCCGUCUCGUACAGGACGUGCAUACGAAGGAUCGCCGUCCAGGAUCGCCACCAGGAUCGGCCCUACCGUCGCUCUGCUGCUGAUUCUCUUUGAGCAUCGCCGCGCAACCUGCCUAAUGAGCAAUUCCGUGGAUGAUUGGAUGAAUAGCAACAAUGUCGUCUGUAACGGCAUUCCAGGAUUAACGAAGGACCAGCGCGAGCUUUGCUAUAGAAAUUCCGAUGUUACCGUAGCCGCGAUCAAGGGGCUGCAAUUGGCCGUGUCCGAGUGUCAACAUCAGUUCAUGUGGCACAGGUGGAACUGUUCGUCCCUCACGUCCAACAGCAGAACUCAACAGAGCAGCGUCCUUCUUCAACGAGGCUACAGAGAGACGGCGUUUGCCUACGCGAUUUCGGCAGCUGGCGUGGCUCACAACGUGGCUCGUGCCUGCAGCAUGGGCCGCCUGCUCUCCUGCAGCUGCGAUCCUUUGAGCUAUAGAGAUAAUACGCCAACAACUACCGGAGACGUCUCGUGGAAGUGGGGUGGUUGUUCACACAACCUCGAAUACGGCAUGGAAUUCUCGAGGCAGUUCCUAGACACGCGGGAGAAAGCCGGCGACAUACAGUCUACGGUGAAUCUACACAAUAAUCAAGCCGGUCGUCUGGCGUUGGCGAACAACAUGCAGAGACGCUGCAAGUGCCACGGCAUGUCCGGGUCAUGUGAACUGAAAACCUGCUGGAAAAUCGUCCCAGACUUCCGGAUAAUCGGCAAGGCCCUGAAGGACCGUUUCAGGAACGCUGUAUUAGUGACGCAGAGCAAUCUGGGCGGCGUGAUACCAUCGAACAGGAUUCGAGGAUCUCGUCGGCGGCAGAAGCAGAAGAAGCAUCGCGGGGGCGGCCGCAAGAGGAAACUCCGGGAUCUCCCCAAGCAGCUCUACUAUUACCAGAAGUCGCCGAACUUCUGCGAGCGGGAUCCGACGAUCGACGUCGCCGGCACCGCUGGUCGCAGAUGCAACAAGACCAGCACCGGCGGGGACGGGUGCGCCAGUCUGUGCUGCGGCAGGGGCUAUAACGUGGUGCGGCAGCGGCGAACGGAGCGGUGCAGAUGCAAGUUUCACUGGUGCUGCUACGUGCAGUGUCAGAAUUGCACGGUGGAGGAGUGGAUCACGGUUUGCAAAUAA